AUGCUUCCCCACAUAGGAUGGCGCAGAAAGCGAUGGAAAUGCAAUUCACAACCAAGGCUGGAUUCCCAGUUGCUUUUCUUCACAGCCCUCUGUUUGUAUAUGGAACCGGGGGCCAGCAGCAGAGUUGUUUGUCGUGCUCCGAGUCAUUUAGAAAUGCAUACAAAAUUCUGCGGCACAUGCAGUCCUGGGAAUUGCUGCAAGGACAACCAGUGUAAUGAAUGCCGUCAAUUGCCGACAUGCCUCGAAGGCAAUGAACUCGAUCGCUCAGGCAAGUUUGACUUCAGGUAUCUCUGCCGACCGUGUCCAAGCGGGACCUUCUCAAAUGUCAACAACAGCUGCUGCAUCCCUUGGCAAAACUGCACGAGCCAAGGACUCCAAACCCUUCAAGCCGGGAACAGGACACACAAUGCACAAUGUGGCCCGGGACCCACUGCCAUUGUGAUGCAACCUGAUUAUACAGUUGUGUCCAUCUUCACGGUCCUGACGGCAGCAGGUAUCUUUGUUCUGCUUCUGAUGACUUCUCUGCUAAUCGUUUGCACGUGUAUGCAGACGACGACGACGACGUUCCCUCUGGUUGAUGAAACUGAAUCUCCCGAGCAGCCAAAUCCUUCCGAAUCCCACCUCCUGGAAGACGAUGCCCAAAGUUACCCGUUUCCAGAGGAAGAAGAUGGUGGCAAGAUGGUGGCAUAGUAGACCUCACCUUGGAAAAUGUAUUCCUUAAUCUCAUCUCUGGGUGCCUCUCGCUUGUGCCCAGAGGUGAACGAGAGUAAACCUUUGUUUACAUCCAAAUCCUUACUUUUUGGGAUCAUUGGAAAGAAUGGAAAUGGGGGAGGCACGGUUAUAGAUAGGACUUUAGCACCGCUGGUAAAUCGCCAGCAAUGAUAAGAUCUACCAACUGAAAGGUUACCAGUUUGAAGCCCUGGAUCGGCGUGAGCUCCCUGGAUCGGCGUGUCAGCCCAGCUCACUGUUUACUUGAGCAGUUCGAAAAGAGAUUAGGUACUGUUAAAA